AUGCGCAGGGCAUUCGUUUGCCUGCUCGGUCUCUUUGCCAGUGGCCUUGUCGCUUCGGCUGAUACAUCUCAGCCUACAGCUCAUGUUCGCAAUGGUACAUAUGUCGGAGUGAGAAACACCAAUUAUGAGCAAGACUUCUUCCUUGGUAUACCUUAUGCGCAACAGCCAGUUGGCGACUUGCGAUUCAGGGUUCCAAAGUCCCUCGAUGAAAGCUGGGAUGGUGAGCGUGAGGCGAAGGCAUACUCAGACAUCUGUGUAGGAUAUGGGACGGAUUCUAUAUGGUACAAUCAGUCCGAAGCAUGUCUCACUCUCAACGUCAUCCGCGAUUCCUCUUUCAACGAAAGCUCAAGCCUCCCAGUAGGAGUCUGGAUCCAUGGAGGUGGCUUCACAGAAGGAUCAAGUGCGGAUCAGCGCUAUAAUAUGUCUGCAAUUGUUGCCAAUGCUCAAAAGAUUGGCAAACCAUUCCUCGCCGUGUCGCUCAAUUACCGGCUCACGACCUGGGGUUUCAUAAGCUCUAGUGAGGUCAGCGGCACAGGUAACACCAACCUCGGCCUUAGGGAUCAGAGACUGGCACUUCACUGGAUCAAGGAGAACAUUGCUGCGUUCGGUGGUGAUCCGGCAAAGAUCACUAUCUGGGGCGAGUCUGCGGGAGCAAUGUCUGUUGGAUAUCACCUGGCAGCCUACGGGGGUAGGAACGACAGCCUCUUCCGUGCAGCAAUCAUGGAGUCCGGGGGAACCAUUGCCGCCGCACCUUCUAACUACACCAGCUAUCAGGCCCUCUACGACGACCUCGUGGCCAAGGUCAACUGCUCCGACGUUGUGGACUCAUUGCAAUGCCUGCGUGAGGUUCCAUUUGAGAAGUUGAAUAACGUCCUCAAUGGAACCGAUGGGCAAUCGAACUACCCUUUCUCACCUGUCAUCGAUGGUGAUUUGAUUCCGACCUGGGGCAGUCUCCAGCUUGACCGCCAUGAAUUCGUUCAGGUUCCUAUAAUUGCCGGCACCAACACUGACGAAGGAACAGCGUUCGGGCCCACCGGGGUCAAUACGACGCAGGAAUUCUAUGCAUAUCUUACCGAUGGUCAGGCUGGCUUCCAGCUACCUCCGUCCAUCGCCAAGCAUAUCCUGCAGGUCUACCCCGAUAAUCCCUCCUUGGGUAUCCCCGAGUUCCUUGGCUCCAGACGAGUCCCAUCCAAGGGUUACCAGUGGCGACGCACAUCCGCGUAUGCAGGGGACGCGAAGAUGCACGCGAACCGGCGACGACAAUGCGAGGCGUGGACGGCGACCAACACCACGGCCUACUGCUACCGCUUCAAUGUGCGGUCCGCGGACGUCACACCCUUGUCAGGAGCCACCCACUUCGAGGAAGUGGCCUUUGUCUUCAACAACAUCGCCGGCCUUGGGUACCACUACGGGCUUCCGUUCGCGGGGGUGCCCGAGUCGUACGUGCAACUGAGCCAGCUGAUGACCAGCAUGUGGGCAUCUUUCAUCCACGACCUGGACCCCAAUUCGGGCAUCAAGAACGAGUCGGCGGUCCGCUGGCAGGCCUACGGGCAGGGUCGGCCGGUCGAUCUGGUCUUCAAUGCCAAUACCACAAGCUAUAUGGAGCCGGACACGUGGCGAAAAGAGGGGAUUGACUAUAUCAAUUCGGUGGCGAGUGCGUACUGGCGAUAG